AUGGAGUUACCAGAAGGGUUCAGGCAACAUGGUGAGAAAAAGGUUUGCAAGUUGUUGAAGUCUUUGUAUGGGCUCAAACAAGCCUCGAGGCUGUGGAAUAUCAAAUUAACUGAGGCAUUACUGAGUGCAGGCUUUGUUCAAAGUCAUCAUGAUUAUUCAUUAUUUUCAUUAAGGAAGCAGGAUAAUCUUGUCAUUGUAUUAGUAUAUGUAGAUGAUCUUCUAAUCACAGAAAAUAGUGUACAGUUAAUUGAACAUGCCAAAGCUAUUCUGCAUCGACAAUUCAGAGUCAAGGAUUUAGGAGAACUCAAAUAUUUCUUAGGCAUUGAAGUGUUGAGAUCCAAGACUGGAAUUCUACUAAAUCAAAAGAAGUACAUAUUGGAGUUAAUCUCAGAGUUGGGGCUAAGUGGAGCUAAGCCAGCCUCUACACCUCUAGAGGCAAAUGUCAAAUUAACACCUGCUGAAUAUGACCAACAAAUGAUGAGCUUUGGAAAUGCAGAAAGACUCACAUGCUGGUGUGAUUCAGAUUGGGCUGCAUGUCCCAAUACCAGGAGGUCUAUCACUGGCUAUGUUGUAAAGUCUGGAGACAGCUUAGUAUCAUGGAAAUCAAAGAAGCAACAAACUGUAUCCAGAAGUUCAGUUGAGGUUGAAUAUAGGAGUAUGGCUGCAGCAGUAGCAUAA